AUGGAAACUGUAAAAAGAAUUCCUCAACAAAAAUGGUUCAUCUGCACCUAUGAGAAGCAACACGGGCUCAGAGAAUGUGGGUUCUAUGGAACCUUGCCAGCAAUGAACGAGCAUUUUGCAGAACACACAGAAUGCUACGAGUUCCGUUGUCGUGUAUGCGACAACUUCUUUGUCGGACAGAUGGAGUUCUCAAAGCACAAAAGACAUCGAAAGUGUCUCGCGCAAGAGGCGGAUCGAUGUGAUGAAUGUGGAAAACGACUACCGGCUCAAGAAAACAGAUGGAUUCCUCCGCUGCAUUUAUAUAAGAGCCGAAGAGGAGGAGCGGAGGAUUGGACUGAACAAAAACAGCCAAUUCUACGACUGGACGAAAGGACCGAAGAAUAG